AUGGCUGGUCGCAUUGAGCUGCCAUUUCUCUACCAGACCAGGACUAUCCUAGGUCGGUCGCGAAAGAUCCUGAUAUCAAAUAGGAGGCUCGUCUCAAGUCAACAGGGUGUGGAAGACAUCACUGGAAAUAGCUCCCUGUCCCCAUCCCCUGAGCCGGAGCCCUUCCUCAAAGCAAAGGCACGGGGUAGUAAUUGGGCUUCUUCAGCCGGCAAACCCACCGCGAAGGACAGCGGAUCAGCAAUCACGAUACCCUCAACCAUAACCGCAAGCGAAAGAAGAGCUUUUGAGGCAAUCUUGCGCUUCGCUCCUAAACAUGACGGAUCCAAAGGCGUAAAUCAACGAUCACCGCACCAGGAUGCCGUAGAUACAGAUAUCGACACUAUCCUCAAGAUAUUCACGUCGUCGGUGAGAGACCAUGAGUCGAAACUGGGUGCCAUGCAAAGUGAUCAACGUGCGGCCGACUCGUUGGGUCCAGAGGCCAGGACGCAGCAGUCGGUGCAGCAAGGACCAGGCAAGAAGGCAGGAUUACGGCAGUCAAGCUCUCAACCUUCGACAGGGAUCAGCUUGCCCACAGACGAGAUGGUCAAGCAUCAGUCGACAUCACGAGCGGAAGCCAGAGGUGAGCACAAGCCGCAACCAGCAGAACAAGUCUAUUCUGGGCCAAAUUCGAUACCAGGGGACGAUCAAUCAUUCCUACAAACGAUUGAGGGAAGAAUUGAUGAACCACAGCUCUGGUCUCCUUUCGGGGGACAGGAAGAGUCGAGCCAUGUUCCAUCUGACCGAGGAACCCGCUCUCUGCUUCGAGAGGAUCCUGAACUUGAACCCAAGGCCAUCUCAGCGCCAUUUGCCGCCAAUACAGACGACCCUUUGCCUAACGAGCCCAGCAAGGAUGCCGUACCAGAAGACCCCAUCGACCAAUAUCUUCUCCAAACCGCCCCUCCCUCUCAAGCCGUUUCUCAACUCGAAGCCUCGAUCCAAUCCGCUGUCCGCGCCAGGAUGCUCUCCCUCUCAGCUGCGCUUGAAGCGGCCGCCACCUCGACCACUCAACGCGGCGACACAGCCAUGUGGGAAGUCGUUGAGUCGCAGAUAUUCUCCCUCGCGCAACAUUUCCAACCCCCAACCACUCAGCAGCUACGGCGGGAGCGCCAGCCAUUCGGCGGAAUCAGCAAAUUCACCUUCUCGCGCGAGAAAUCAGAUAAGCCAAGCCAAAUGAUCGAGGCGGCAGAGCGGGCAGCAGGUCGAUUAAGCCGGCCAUCACCUUCAACCGCAGCUCCAGUACCGGGAUCAACCAAUCCUGCUCCUAGCGGUGCUAUCACAGCGCCUGAGAACGCCAACGUCGCCAUACCUCCACCCGCUGAACCGCUCCCGCACCACGACCUCCAAAUCCUCCAACAUAUCUACCCGGCCGCCCUCCUGCUGGCACUGCGCCUGUACAUCACGCACUUCCCCUCGUCGCCGUACGCGUUCCUCCUCCUCCCGCGGAUCCGCGCCCUCGGCACGACGAGCUACGUCCUCGGUGCGAGUCCGCAGUUCUACAACAACCUGAUGAGUCUCGUGUGGCUCGUCAGAUCCAGUCUCCGCGAAGUGGACGGCCUGCUAGGCGAGAUGGAUCGCGGCGGUGUCGAGAUGGACGAGGGCACCUACGCUGUGCUAGGCGCGAUCGAGGAGGCUCGCACCGCGGAUUUGGAGCGAGAGAAGAGGGCAGGGACGGACUCUAUGCAAGGGGGAGACAUAGAAGGAAUGGCGGCGGUAGACGGAGAGGCAGAGGCAAACGCCUCGCGGGGCGCCGCCUGGUGGAAGAGGCAGGAGCAGAUGCUCUUCUUCCCUCGAGUCCUGGACUGGUUGGACGUUAUCGCCGGGCGACUUGCCGCGAAGGAGAGAGCAAGCGUGGUUUGA